AUGGCCAGCCAACCUCACCUUCACUGUUGUGCUACAUGCAAAUCUGCCGUGUCCGACGACCCAUUCGGCCAUCUUGUACGCGACAUCCGCCAGUACUUGGGUCCAUCUUCCGGUAUCGAUUCGGCUCACGUCGACCCUGACCACAUCAAAGCACUCAUGGCCAAAUACACAUCCAACCCAAAACAUUGGGAGCGCUAUGCUCGUGCAGACAAGAGCAGGGGAUACACGAGGAACAUUGUUGACAACGUUAAUGGCAAAGCGAACCUGAUCCUCAUCGUCUGGAACCCUGGCAAAGGCAGCUUGAUCCACGAUCAUGCCGAUGCCCACUGUGUUAUGAAGAUUCUCAAGGGCAACCUCACCGAGACCAUCUAUCACAAGCCAGAAGACGGCGAUACUACCGUCCACCCUCUGCAAGUCAAGAAAGAGACUGUAUACCACCCCGACGAAGUCACCUACAUCUCGGACCAAAUUGGCCUUCACCGUGUCUUCAACCCCGACCCAAUUCAGCCUGCCAUGUCGCUACACCUAUACACUCCUCCCAAUGCUGCCGAGUUUGGCUUCCACGUCUACGACGAGCGAACAAGCAAGAGCUCCUUCGUGCCCCCUCAGUACUGA